GACUGAGAAUUUUGAUCGACGCCUAUAAAAAAUGGCUCCAAUUUUCCCAGUUAUUGACACUGAAAGGUACAGUUCCCUACCUGCUGCUAUUACUAUUUACUCGGACAUAGAUUUCUUCAAGAAAGAAAAACAACGUCAAAAGAAAAAGAAGAAAAGCAAGCGAGAUCGUUCAUUCUCUUCUCCUUUGCAAGACAGUCAGAAACUGUUAAGGAAGAAAGAAUAUUCGUCAGAAUUGAAAAUGAGACGCGAUAUAGCCAUAAAUAGACGAAAACGUUCAGAACGAGAACAGACGAACUUCCUUGAACUGAAAGCGAACCGUGCCAAUGAAAAGGAACGACUGAGACAACUCUUUUCAAUUUACGCAGUACAACAUGGGAAGUCGUACAGAAAACCAACCACAAUCUCUCGACCACAGUUUCCUAACUUACUAAAGCCAAACAGUCGCGUAGAAAAGAAGAAAAUGUGUAGUUCCUCUAAAGAAGUUGUUUUACCUCACAUUGGAUCCAACUCGGGAAAAGCUGGACAUAUUGAAGAUAGAAAAUAGAUUUAAAAAGUUGUUAUAACUACACUCUUGUUUGAUGGUGCUUGCAGCUUGUAAGGUUUUAAUGAUGUUACUGUAUCAUAGAAAUAAAAGAAUAUUUAUUAAUUUA